UGCGAUUUACAAAGCAUGCAGUUAGGAGAGCCGCUCCUGCUGAGCUCUGUGAACCUGCCCGGUGCGCACUUCUACUCGCUGGAGAGUGCGCGAGGAGGUGGCGGCGGAGGAGGAGGUGGAGGAGGAGGCGGCGGAGGAGGAGGUGGCGGGAACAUCAACCUCCUCCCCAGCGCUGCGCCCUCGCCACAAAGGCUGGACUUAGACAAAGCACCCAAGAAGUUCCCGGGUAGUCUCCCGUGCCAAGCGGGGAACGCAGAACCCUCAGCCGGGAGUGCCGGGCCCCCGGCGGCCAUGCUCAGUGACGCCGACGCCGGGGACACCUUUGCCAGCUCCUCCACAGUGGCCAAGCCGGUCCCAGACGGUCGCAAGGGCUCCCCCUGCGGGGAGGAGACGCUGCCCUCUGCCGCCGCCGCCUCGGCCACGACGGCCACCGCGCGCUACUCCAUGGACAGCCUGAGCUCAGAGCGUUACUACCUUCAGUCCCCGGGACCGCAGGCCUCCGACCUAGCGGCGCCCUGCUCGCUCUUCCAGUACCAGGCUGCGACCGGGGCGCCCCACGGAUCUGUAUACCCCGCAUCCAAUGGCGCACGGUACCCCUACGGCUCCAUGCUGCCCCCAGGUGGAUUCCCCGCCGCCGUGUGCCCACCGGGUAGGGCGCAGUUUGGCCCCGCAGCCGGCGCCAGCGGUGGCGCGGGUGGCAGUAGUGGCGGGGCUGGAGGUCCCGGCGCCUAUCCCUACGGCCAGGGCUCUCCGCUCUACGGGCCGUACCCUGGAGCAGCAGCAGCGGGAUCUUGCGGAGGAUUGGGGGGUCUAGGGGUUCCCGGCUCCGGCUUCCGCGCCCACGUCUACCUGUGCAACCGCCCUCUGUGGCUCAAGUUCCACCGUCACCAAACUGAGAUGAUCAUUACCAAACAGGGCAGGCGCAUGUUUCCUUUCUUGAGCUUCAACAUAAACGGACUCAAUCCCACCGCCCACUACAAUGUGUUUGUAGAAGUGGUUCUGGCCGACCCUAACCACUGGCGCUUCCAGGGAGGCAAGUGGGUGACCUGCGGCAAAGCUGACAACAACAUGCAGGGCAACAAAAUGUAUGUUCACCCAGAGUCUCCUAAUACUGGUUCCCACUGGAUGAGACAGGAGAUUUCCUUUGGGAAGUUAAAACUCACCAAUAACAAAGGCGCAAAUAACAACAACACUCAGAUGAUAGUCCUUCAGUCUUUGCACAAAUACCAACCACGACUGCACAUUGUUGAAGUUACAGAGGAUGGAGUAGAGGACUUAAACGAGCCUUCUAAGACCCAGACCUUUACCUUCUCAGAAACACAGUUCAUCGCAGUGACGGCCUACCAAAACACUGAUAUUACUCAACUAAAGAUUGAUCACAACCCCUUUGCAAAAGGCUUCCGGGACAACUAUGAUUCCAUGUACACCGCUUCAGAAAAUGACAGGUUAACUCCAUCUCCCACGGAUUCUCCUAGAUCCCAUCAGAUUGUCCCUGGAGGUCGGUACGGCGUUCAAAACUUCUUCCCGGAGCCUUUUGUCAACACUUUACCUCAAGCCCGAUAUUAUAAUGGUGAGAGAACCGUGCCACAGACCAACGGCCUCCUUUCACCCCAACAGAGCGAAGAGGUGACCAACCCUCCCCAGCGGUGGCUUGUCACGCCUGUCCAGCAACCUGGGACCAACAAACUAGACAUCGGUUCCUAUGAAUCUGAAUAUACUUCCAGUACCUUGCUCCCAUAUGGUAUUAAGUCCUUACCCCUCCAGACAUCCCAUGCUCUGGGAUAUUAUCCUGACCCAACCUUCCCUGCAAUGGCAGGGUGGGGAGGCCGAGGUUCUUAUCAGAGGAAGAUGGCCGCCGGACUACCAUGGACAUCCAGAAUGAGCCCUCCCGUGUUCCCAGAAGACCAGCUCUCCAAGGAAAAAGUCAAAGAAGAAAUUAGCUCUUCCUGGAUAGAAACUCCCCCUUCCAUCAAGUCUUUAGAUUCCAAUGAUUCCGGGGUGUACACCAGUGCUUGUAAGAGAAAACGCCUGUCUCCCAGCACCUCCAGCAAUGAAAAUUCUCCCUCCAUAAAGUGUGAGGACAUUAAUGCUGAAGAGUACAGUAAAGACACCUCAAAAGGCAUGGGGGGCUAUUAUGCUUUUUACACAACCCCCUAAAGAGUUAUUUUAACCUCAUAAAAAUUAGCUAACGUUUUCCAGAUGAACCUGGUGGUGUAUUUUUUUGUUGUUGUUUUCUUUGCCUAGGUGGCCAAAAAGACAUUUACCUUUCACCUUUGAUGUAUCCUGUUUCGUGCAAUUCUCUAAAAGAAGGUGCCAAAGCGUUCGAUUGCUGCAGGUAACUGAAGCAACCUAGCAUUUUUUUUUUCCUUUGUAAAAUAAAUGAAGGACUUGAGAAAGUGUUUUAAAAUUCAAAGGUUGUUUAAGGUGCUGGAUUUAUUUAUGGGAAACAAGAAACAUUCAGAGAAAGCAAGCAGGCUGUGAAUGCCUGGUGCUAUCCAAUGAGUUAAAAAACAAAACAAAACAAAAACCUUUGGUUUUCAUUUCUUGUAAAUCUUUUAGCAAACAGGAGCCCAGAGUGUUAAGGUAUUUUUGAUUCAGGAAGAGGACUAGGCCUUAAGUUUCAACAAUGGACUUUCUUGCUCUUAUCUUCAGCUAGGGGCUAGAGGCUAGGCCUGAGAGUCAAGGGAAAACUUCUGUGAAAGUGUCUAGUCUUACCUGCAUUUGAUUCCUUCCAGGCUUUUGGAAUAAACUAUGCUUGUCCAAGAGAUGGCCAUGUUUACUGGGAUGUUAUGAACCAGCAGAGGAGCAGGGAGGAAGAAUUUAAGUGUACAGUUGUGUGCUUAGACACUGUAGAAUAAUCUGAAAUAGAUUGUACAAAUUCAGCUGCAUAGGUAUCUGAGAUCAUGUAAAACUGGUACUUUGGCUUUGUAAAGAACUUGCAGAUCAGCCAUCAUAACUGCAGGGUUAAGAGGCGCGCUCUAUCAGCUCUGAUAUUGGGGGGGUAUUCUGUUUACUUCUUAGUUAUUUGGCUGCCUCUGUACUCACUUGAACCAUGCUUAAGGAAAACCCAUUUCCUCCUCUUCCUUGGCCAGCCCCACUUCCAACUUCAGCUAUGUGAAGAAAUUACAGUCUGAGGCCACAGCUCCUAUAGACUAUUUAGAGAUCUUGGAUUUUA